AUGCCCUUCUUCCGCAUAACCCUCCACCGGUCUGCCAUUGGCCUCCCCGAACGCACGCGCGGCGUGCUGGCGGCGCUUGGUCUACGGAAACGCACGCAGACCGUGUUUCACCCCGUCAGCCCGCAGUUCGCGGGUAUGAUCAUGAAGGUGAAGGAGCUGGUGCGGGUGGACGAGGUGGAGAAGGCGUUGACGCCGAGUGAGAUGAGGGAGGAGAGGAGGCCGCCUAGGGGUUUCUAUUUGGAGAAGGCGGUGCCGAGGGUGGAUUAUUCGAGGGCGGCAGGGAAGGGGAAAGAGAUGGCAUAG